AUGCGUAUAGAAACUUGUUAUUUUUGCUCUUCCAGGAUAUAUCCUGGUCAUGGAAUACAGUUUGUGAGAAAUGACUGCAAGAUUUUCAGAUUUUGUCGGUCAAAAUGUCACGCGGCUUUCAAAAAGAAGAAGAACCCACGUAAAACCAAAUGGACAAAGGCUUACCGCAAAACCGCUGGUAAGGAUUUGGCCAUCGAUCCAUCCUUCGAGUUUGAAAAGCGUCGCCAUGUACCAGUGAAGUACAAUAGACAACUGUGGGAGAAAACUAUUGAAGCAAUGAAAAAAGUUGAAGAAAUUAGACAGAGGCGAUCAAAUAACCAUAUUAUGCAAAGAUUGCGCAAAGGCCGCGAAGUUGAAUGGCAACGAGAUGUUAGAGAAGUGCAAAGGGAUAUUUCUCUUAUAAGAUCACCGGCGGCUGGUCUCAAACAAAGGCAAGCUGAAGAAGAAACAGAAAUGGAAGUUGAGCCAGAAACAAUUCAAGUUAUUGAUGCCAAGGGUCGCAAACAAGUAAUUGAGGCACCAGUCAUGGUACCAGCUACCGGGGAAAUGAUUGAAGAUUGUGGUGACAUCGAACUA